AUGGACAUUGUUGUCUUUUCUGGUGGUACUGCUACUAAUUCGUUGACCCAUUGCUUUAAUAAUGUUUCUAUUGCUGAAAAUCACGAGUUGACGUACGUAUUACCCAUUUCUGAUAAUGGUGGGUCUACAAGUGAAAUUUUGAGAGUGUUUGGUGGACCUGCAAUAGGGGAUAUCAGAUCCAGAAUUGUCAGAGUUAUUCAGGAUGAGCAUUUGGCUAAAUUGUUUGGGUACAGGCUAUCGAGUGAUCCAGUCGCUGCUAAAGCUGAAUGGAACGAUAUUGUAGAUGGUUCGCAUCAGAUUUGGAGCGACAUCCCAAUGGAAGUUAAAGAAAUGUGUAGAUCCUUUAUCAUCCAUGUCCAUACGGAGUUAUUAAAGAAAAGCAAGUCUUCGAACAAGUUUCAAUUUGGUAAAGCAUCAAUUGGAAACCUGUUCCUAACAGGUGCCCGUUUGUUUAUGGGUAGUUUGGACGCUUCAAUUGAACUUAUGCUGAGAAUAGGAAGAUGCAGCCAGAAUAUCCACGUGAUUCCUUGUAUCAAUACAAAUCAUACUCAUCAUAUCUCCGCAUUGUUAACGAAUGGCGAUAUUAUAACGGGCCAGUCACAGAUAUCGCAUCCUUCUCCAAAUGCAAAUAAUAUAACGACUGAGAGAAAGAAAGAUGAAAAAUUUGUACAUAUAUUGAAAGAAGAAGGUAACAAUAUAAUACAAAGAGAACAAACUCCCGACCAUGUGGAAGAAGAAGAAGAAUAUGCUUAUCCACUAUAUAUCUUACCAGAAUUGAAAAAUUCACAACUGUAUUUUAACAAGGACGGUGAUGGAAAUGAAACAAAAAAUGUGUUACUGCCAGCCCCUAUUAAGAAAAUAUUAUAUAUCAAUCCAUAUGGUGAAGAAAUCAAACCCGUUGGUAAUUCCAGGGUGAUCUCCAGAAUCAAAUCAGCAGAUAUGAUCGUUUACUCAAUUGGUUCAUUAAUGACAAGUUUAUUACCCAUAAUUAUCCUGGGUAAUAUUGCUGAAACCAUAGUCAAAUCUCCCAAUGCUAACAAAGUUUUAAUCAUAAAUAAUAAACACGACAGAGAAACGGUUGGAUUAGAUGGACUUGAAUAUGUCAAACAUGUCAUUGAAUCAAUGGUAAGAUCAAUCAUUGCGUACAGACAAUCAAAAGGUUAUUCUACUUUCAGGUUAAAUUCGAUUUCAUGGGAUAAAUUUGUUACUGACAUUAUCUAUCUUAAAAAGGGAGAAAUUCAAAUGAAUUGGCAAGAGCUACAUAAUCAUAAUAUUAAAUGCCACUGUAUUGAUUCUGAUAUAUUAGAAACCGAUGACCUAGAAUCAGUGUUGAGAACUAUUCAAAGUGAAAGAAAUAGAACAUAA